AUGGACGGAUACCCGGUUGGAAGCCUGGGUCAUAACAUCCCGCAUAUCGUCAUUGCCGGUCUGACUUCGAACCCCGCUAAAGCCCUGCCUUUGAACGCAGAGCUUCGAGACCAGGCGCUUUUGAUCCGAUCCGAGAUUCCAAGCAUAGAAAGCCCAUAUGCCGAGGCCUUGAGGGACUACAUCGUUCGCCAGGAUGGGAGGAACCACCCAUGGAACGGCAAGGACAGCGGGAAGCCGUACAGGCUGCGGGUCGCCGUUGCUGGUCGAUCUCUUGUUCUACCUCCCCGCCGUGCUAGACUUCCGGACGGCAUGGAAGCUCCCGAAACGCCCGCCGUGCUGCAUUCACCCUUUUCACCCCUCAGUCCAGUAUCUCCGUUGUAUCCCGACGGCCUGAUGAACACAGACUGGCUCCAAAAGCAUGAGGAUAUGGUUCCCAGUGUCUAUGUAUCAUUCUACACCUUGACGGCUGAUCCAACACUUGCUACCCUCCACGACAACCAACUGAAAACCGAUAUCAACAACACCAAGACCGCGAUCAGUAGGUCGGGCUACAGGACACGCUUUGCUGUUGUUCUCCUGAGCGAUGGCGUUGCCUCAGCUUCCAUGCAAGAUUUCAUGCAGGAGAGGCUUGAAAACAUCAGGCGAGGCGUUGCUUUGGACACCAAAUCCUUCUUCUACUUGUCACUCCACGAUCUGUCUACAGAUCUGGAGCAUACUGCAGACUCCAUGCUUGCGGCCGUCUUCUUGCAAGCUAUAGAGUACUAUCGCGAUCUUGGCCGUCAUGCUCGGAAGAAGCGCAGUCGAGGAAUCGCUCCGCAGCCCACAGUGCCGCCCACAAGUACGUCGCAAACGACCUCAGUGCAAGACUGGAAUGUACGAUACGACUACAAGACGGGAGUUUUUGCCGAGUUCCGACAGGAGAUGGAUGCGGCGCUGCGCUCGUAUGAGCAAGCUUAUGAGGGGCUUCUCAGUCAAGAUGUCAUGGACAUCAUUCCCAGCUGGAGCCCGAGAUGGAACGAGGCGCGCAUGCUUGCCGAUAUAUUGGCGAUACGCAGCAUCCGAUGCCUGCUUUGGAGCUCGCAGAACACUGUUGCAGUGCGUAAAUGGUACACGCACCGGGACAGGAUAGCCGACUUUGUCGAUCGACGUGGCCGGGGAACGAAUAAUUACGGCUGGGCUGCAUGGGAAUCGAGAUGGGCAUUAGUAAUGGCGAACUUGAUCGAGAGGGUGGACAUUCGCAGCUUGGCGCCAGCAACGCGAACGUUAUUUCUCCAGCCCGAAAAGGCCGCUGCGAGUGACCGCUUACAACCGUGGGAACUGCUUCAUCACACAGGAUAUUGGUAUCGUAUUGCUGCUGAGCAUCUGAUGACCCGGCGAGCACUCGCCCGGUCAAUUCCGGAAGAAGACCGACGUUCACCGGAUACCACUCCGGCAUCCGCGGUCGCCAGCAAGGCCUUCCAAUAUGAUACUUACAUGUGUCCAGAUCCUCACGAGGAGUUCCCCUUGCAGGGGAAGGGCGUAAACCAUUCUCAGCUCAUUGUAGACAUUCUGAUGGCAGCUAGGUCCCAGUUCCAGGCACGGCGUCAACUACGAUUAUCGGCCGAAAUAUCUUUGGAAUGCGCGAAAGAAAUGGUGAACCUCAAGGCCUGGGACGACAUUGUUGCUUUGCUGCGGCCUCUCUGGGAAGACAUGUCGUUCAGGUCAGAGGGUUGGCUCAACAUCACGGAGGAUCUGAGCUGGGUCUUGCGUGCUGCAGCCGCUCAUGCGGGUCACGGGGAGCUUGUAGUCGCCAUCGAUUGGGAGCUUAUGAAUAGAAAGUUCACGCGGCGGCCCAAGUGGCACUACGAUGUUGCUAGGUCACUCGAGGGACUCAACAUUGAGCCCAAACCCACUGUGACCAUCAACGACGAUGUAGUUUCUUCGUUCAUCGCCGCAUCCUUCAUUUUCAAAAGAGAGGACGGAAAAGCUGGUGAGACCUGUCAGGCGCAAGUUGCCAUCAGAUCCGAUGCCUUUGCGGAUGCAUCGACGGUGACUCUCAAGGGCCUGAAAAUCGAUUUCGAAGGCAGCCUGAAGACGAUUACAAUAGAGCAUGACCCAGAGUUUAGUGGUGGAAAGGGGAAGGGAGAUGUCAUGCUCGCGGGUGUACCUCUGACCGAGGCGGCCCGAGCCGACGAAGAGGGAGAAGAGGGCUCAUCAGGGCUGAGCGGAUCGGCAAACCUGACGUUGAAGCCUGGCCACACGAACGUUUACGAAAUGGCGAUACCUUUGCGGGAACCCGGCGAGGCGCAUGCAUCCUCGGCGACCUUAAUCCUGGAGACAGACACUUUUCUGCUGAAUUAUACCGUCGCCUUCCGAGAUCUGGGAGCGACGGACUUUUGGUUUGGGCCAUCCCUUUCGAGGAGACGAAUCGUGCGGCAGAGCGCCCACGUUAUCCAAGUACAGGCCAGACCACCAAAGCUGGAGAUUAAGCUGGCGCAACCCCUGGAUCAAUUCUACGCAAACGAGGCAAUGGAUCUGGUUGUCGAUGUCGUGAACGCCGAGGAGACUGAGGCUGUCGCCAAGCUGGAAGUCCACGUCUUUGGCGAACAGAUCCCGUGCUUCCGAGUUGAGAUUGAGAAUGAAGGAGAACAUAUCGCGGAAUCUGGCCAGGAGGAAGCCAAACUAACGGGUCUAACACUCGGGACACUAGCAACGUCGCAGUCGACGCGUGUCAAGGUCAAACUAGAUCCCGUACAGUUGACCACAUCGUACGAUGUCACACUGAGGGUAUUCUAUCAUCUCGCCACAGACCCGGCGACCUUGAUCAUGCAGAUUCUACCCGUUCAGCUCAAUGUCGUCAACCCCUUUGAAGCAAACUACGACCUCAUUCCACGUCUUCAUUCCGACCCCUGGCCGAGCUUAUUUGACUACGAGGGCGUGCAGGAUCCCGCCGCAGACGAAGCCGCUGUUCAACCCCGCGGGCUGGCACAAAAGUGGUGUCUCGUGUGCCAUUUUGCAUCAUUCGCCACGGAAGACCUGGAGAUUGUCAGCAUGGACGCCGAGGUCAUUGCGUGCCAGAACCAUGCACGAUGCACUACGGCGACCCGCCCAGAGAUACCAGAAAGCGGGCUCCGAAUCCCGCCGAAGCAGAUGCAGGAGGCCAAGUUCGACCUGGUUGCUCAAAAGUUCAGCCUCGACGAUCGGGGGCCUGCAUCACUCGACGUGGCCUUUGUUCUCAAGUGGCGCCGGACAUCAAUAACAACAACAUUAUCAUCAUCACCAGCGGCGGUCAAUACGACCAGGAUGCUUGUCCCGAGAUACAUUGUCCUGGGCACCGAGCCCCGUGUCCUAGCUUCGUACUCUCUCGCCAAUCCUGUAACGGGUCUGAUCAACCUGGACAUCACCAUUGAGAACCCCUCGAGUCAUUUCCUGACGUUUGGCUUGAACAUGGAGCCCAGUGACGAGUUUGCCUUUUCCGGCUCCAAGCAGACCACUGCGCAUGUUUUGCCGGUCUCGAGGCGUUCCAUUACGUACCGGCUGCUACCUCUGAUAAGGGGCGAUUACAUCCGGCCGACCCUAGUGGUCAGGGAUAAGUAUUUCCAAAAAGUGCUGAGGAUCAUACCGACAGAGGGCAUGAAGAUCGAUAAGGACGGCUUGCUGGUUUGGAUACCGCCAGAGGAAGGCGAGGAUGAUGAGUAG